AUGGAGACCUGGCACCUGAAACAUACCAUAGUGAUUUUCCUUCUUUUACACCUGAAACGGAGUUUGACAUCCGCACAAACAGAAGGUAUCCUUUACCCGCAUGGCACAAAUACCGGAGACGUCACCGCCCCGGUGAAUGAUGACGGCAGCACGUCCGCCAUUUCGCUGUCCAUAGGGUUUCCAUACUUUGAUCAACUUCACACCAGCCUUUAUGUCAAUACCAAUGGUGUCGUAUCAUUCCUGCGCCCCGUCUCUACAUAUACACCUCAAGCCUUCCCUUUGGAUUCCAACCGGAGGCUAAUCGCCCCCUUCUGGGCUGACGUGGACACCAGAGAAAACCACGGAAGAGUCUUCUACCGACAGACGACAGAUCGGUCCAUACUUAACAGAGCCACGAGUGACAUUAGAGCGGCGUUCGUGUCACAGUCCAAGUUCACGGCUUCCUGGGCCUUCGUCUGCACCUAUGAUGACGUCACCUACUUUGGCGGGAACUACCGGAGUAGUACAAACACGUUCCAAGUGGUUUUGGUCACCGAUGGCCGCCAUUCGUUUGCCAUAUUUAAUUACAAGGAAGUGACGUGGACCACGGGGACAUCGCAUCGGGAAACACCGGCACAGGCGGGUUUUAAUGCUGGAGACGGUCUCCGGUAUUUCGUAGUGCCCGGAUCAAGAACGCCCUCUAUCGUCGACAUAGAGAACACCACCAACGUCAACGUUCCCGGACGGUGGAUAUUCCGAGUAGACGACAUCGGUGUUGAAGCCGGUGGCUGCAAUGUGGGGGUUAAACUACGGAUCUCCCCUGUUAAAGGAAACGCUUUAGGAGGUACCGAGAUCCUAAUCUCUGGUCCUUGCUUUUUUAACUCCACGGGCCAGUUUCUGUGCAAGUUUGAUGACAUUGUCGUCCCCGGUCACUUUGUCAACACACUGAGGGUCGCCUGCUACUCGCCGCCUUUGUUUAAGACCGGAAAAUCGGAGGUGUCAGUACACGUGUCUCAGAAUGGAGGGCAGAAUUUUAGUCAAGGCAGCACGUUUGUUCCAGACAUGGAUGCGAUAAGUGACCCUAAAAUUGUUCGAGUUGAUGAGGAAAAGUGGGACAAGGGUCCCUAUGUGAUCCAGUGGGACCCGACAGAACUUCAAGCGUCGACGUUGGACCUGGACCUGCUCACUUACAGUGGAGGAAGUCUGGAGCUCCGUGAAAAAUGGAUCAAUAUUGCCACUAAUAUAUCAAACAAUGGUACUGAAGACUUAGACGACCUCCUCAACAGGAAAGGGAACUUUGGUGAUAUAGCGGAAUUCGGAGCUAUUCGGCUAACUCCGACAGGUUCUGCUUCAGGACCAAACUGCACAGCAGCUGCCAUAUGGUCGGAUAUCCAUGUAGUACAGUGGUACAUGAAUGCCUACAUGGCAACCAAAAUAAAGCAAGGCACGCAAAACCAGCGUAAAAGAAGUAUCAUCGAUGGUCUGACAAAAGCCGUGGACGACAUAGGAGGCAGAAUAAAACAAGUAGCACAAGAAAAAUGGACUGACGUCAAAGACAAAGUGAAAAAUCCCUCUGGCGCCGGUCAGCAAUGCUGUUACAAUAGUGAAGGAUCUUUGCUCAACGUCGCCGAUGGUCAGCUGGGCGGUGGAACACUGGACAGAUACCACUACAAGGGCUGUGAAGGGACAAAAAUUGUUCCGAUCCUCGGCCAUUUUGCUGUUGAUGUCGUGCCGUAUUAUCUCUGUUGCAAGUACUCGGGAGAUGAACAGCUGUGUCAGGAUACGUACAUGGGGAGACGACCCUCUGAUGAUGGAAGUAGAUACCGCCCUCCAAGACCAGCUGUCGGUAACGGUGACCCCCACUUCAUCACGUUGGACGGUUUGCGGUACACGUUUAAUGGAGCUGGUGAAUACACCCUUGUGAAGACCAACGAUGGUUCCUUUACCAUGCAGGGCAGAGCGGAGACAGUACAAAAUGCUGGCGGUGGCAGUCCCAACGCCACUGGGUGGACUGCUUUUGCGUUCAAAGGGUCAAACAGCAGCACGGUGGAAGUCAGGACCAGCUUGCUGAGAGUAAUCGACGUGUUAGUUGGCGGAGUCAGAAUAGAUUUUGAUGAACUUGGAGACAGGGUGACAAAUUACGAAGGUCUUACCAUUGAACGAAACAUGAACACGUCCGUCACGGAAGUGGACCUUAACAAUGAUGGCGUCUCCCUCACUGUGACACACGUAGCGGGGAUUUUUAAUUUCAUGCUGCUCCUACCUGAGUCUAUGAAGAAUAAGACAGAGGGGCUAUUGGGUACCUGGAAUGACAAUUCAGAAGAUGAUCUGGUGGCGUCCUCUGGCGUCAUGUUACAACACAAUUCCAGUACCAGAGAUAUUCAUUACAACUUUGGAGAAACAUGGAGAACCUCGUCUGCAACAACCCUGUUUACAUACGAGAUUGGAACAAAUCAUUCCACGUACCAGAAUACCAGUUUUGUGCCCCUAUUCGAGGUACCCCUCUCAUCAGCAAACACCACCGAACUCUAUCUUAUCUGUGGAGACAACGACCAAUGUAUUUUUGAUUACGUCUCAACCGGAAACACCGACAUUGCCCAGGCGACCAAGAAUAGUGUUGAGGACUAUGCUACAGCUGUCACUGACACGGAACCAGUUGUGCUAUGUCCACGACUUGAGACGCCACCCAAUGGUCAGAAGACUGUGACCAGUGGUUACACGGCCGGAGCUGAAGUGACCUUUGCCUGCGACAACGGCUAUAUUUUACAAGGAUCAGCCAAUAGAACUUGUCUUUCUACUGGUCUGUGGAACGGCGAGAACAGCUCAUGCCAAUAUGAUGCUCCUAUUUGA